AGCCCCUUACUGUCCUGUAGGCGUUCGUGCUUGUGGCCAAGAGAAGGACUUAAAUUCCUUAAAUCUCAGAAGAGCUCCCUCCUCCCCGCCCCCUUCCUUUCUGUCUCCAGGUCCAAGGGUCUGUAUUCACAGACAUCUCGAGGCAAGAAAAAGAGGAAACUAUCCCGAAUCCUCACAGCUGGAAACAACAUCAUGCAAAAACCCUGCAAAGAAAAUGAAGGAAAGCCCAAGUGCAGCGUGCCAAAGAGAGAGGAAGAACGCCCCUAUGGAGAAUUUGAACGCCAGCAAACAGAAGGGAAUUUUAGGCAAAGGCUGCUUCAGUCUCUCGAGGAAUUUAAAGAGGACAUAGACUAUAGGCACUUUAAAGAUGAAGAAAUGACAAGGGAGGGAGAUGAGAUGGAAAGGUGUUUGGAAGAGAUAAGGGGUCUGAGAAAGAAAUUUAGGGCUCUGCAUUCUAACCAUAGGCAUUCCCGGGACCGUCCUUAUCCCAUUUAAUGCAUUUCUCCCCUGAAUUCAACUAUUUUCUGUUAUUAAUAUUACCACCAGUGGCUUCUUUUUGUCUGCAUUUUCUUGCUAAAUAUUGCUACCAUUUUACUCCUAUCCUUCAGUGUUCCUUUGAUUUGCAUAUGACUCCUGUUACCAACAUCUCAUCUUUUGACCAUCUCACUCAUUUAAUAA